AUGGCUCGCUCUCGGCAGCCGGCUCGACUCUCGAGCGAAGCUCCCUCCGAAUCCUCGUCCUCAACUUCACCGGAACGUGCCGCUGACGAUGACACCGAUUUCUUCACACUUCAAGCGAACGAUUCGCAGUCCUCGAUCGGUGCCGGGAACGCUCGUGAUUCACAUAUCCAGACUGACCCGGAGAUCGCACUGCCACCGAUCGCAUACCUUCCGCCGGAGAUUCUAAUCUCUAUCUUUUCGAAGUUGAAUUCUCCCAAAGAUCUGCUGAGUUGCUUGCUGGUGUGUCGUAUUUGGGCAGUGAAUUGUGUCGGACUUCUGUGGCAUCGGCCAUCAUGCAACAACUGGGACAAUUUGAAGAGAAUCACGGCCGCAGUGGGGGAAGAAAACAGCUUCUUUCUGUAUUCAGCGCUCAUUAAGCGGCUGAAUCUUUCUGCACUUACCGAAGACGUUAGCGAUGGGACCGUCGUGCCUUUUGCACAAUGCAACCGGAUUGAGCGCCUUACAUUGACGAACUGUCGGAAACUCACCGACAACGGGGUAUCCGAUUUGAUUGUCGGUAGUCGGCACUUGCAGGCUCUUGACGUUUCCGAGCUGCGGGCUCUUACGGAUCAUACUCUCUUCAACGUGGCGGAAAACUGCAACCGGCUACAGGGUCUCAACAUCACAGGCUGUACGAAAGUAACGGACGAAUCUUUGAUUGCCAUUUCUCAGAAAUGCCGGCUGCUGAAAAGAUUGAAAUUAAAUGGCGUUACCCAAGUCACCGAUAAGGCGAUCUUGUCUUUCGCUCAGAACUGCCCGUCCAUCCUCGAGAUCGAUCUCCAAGAAUGCAAGCUCGUUACAAACCAGUCAGUAACGGCACUUAUGGCCACACUACAAAACUUGCGUGAACUUCGACUCGCCCAUUGUGAGAAGAUCAAUGAUUCAGCGUUUUUGGAGCUUCCCAGGCACAUCUCAAUGAGCAGUCUCCGUAUCCUGGAUCUGACCGCAUGUGAAAACAUAAGAGAUGAUGCUGUUGAGCGUAUCGUUAAUGCGGCACCACGCUUGCGAAACCUUGUGCUCGCGAAGUGCAAAUACAUCACAGCCCGUUCUGUCUGGACCAUCUGCAAACUAGGCAAGAACCUGCACUAUGUUCACUUAGGUCACUGCUCCAACAUCACGGAUGACGCGGUGAUCCAGCUAGUCAAGUCCUGCAACCGAAUUCGAUACAUUGAUCUCGCUUGUUGCAGUCGGCUGACAGACCGAAGUGUUCAGCAGCUGGCUACUCUGCCUAAGCUGAGGAGGAUCGGUCUGGUCAAAUGUCAAUUGAUCACAGACGCUAGUAUCCUAGCACUUGCCCGACCAACCCAAGAUCGCUCAGUUUCGUUCAGCAGUCUGGAAAGAGUACACCUGAGCUACUGUAUCAACCUUACCAUGCUUGGCAUCCAUGCUUUGCUCAACAGCUGUCCUCGCCUGACCCAUCUGAGUCUCACUGGAGUCGCAUCAUUCUUGCGUGAGGAACUUACGGUAUUCUGUCGCGAGGCUCCCCAAGAGUUCACGCGCCAGCAGCGCGAGGUCUUCUGUGUUUUUAGCGGCGAGGGUGUCAACCUUCUCCGCGACCACCUCAACCGUGAAGCCGCUCCUCAGCGGGACAUGAACGAGGCCACCAUGUACGACGAUGAAGAAGAACUGGACGAAGAUGAGGGCCAAAUGACGGGCCUCAUGCACGCCGCCGCGAUUAACGAUGACGACUACAUUGACAUCACACCUCCUCAUACUUGA